AUGACAACUACUCCAACAGCUUCUCCAACUACAAUGACAACUACUCCAACAGCUUCUCCAACUACAAUGACAACUCCCCCAACUACAAUGACAACUACUCCAACAGCUUCUCCAACUACAAUGACAACUACUUCAACUACAACAACAACUACUUCAACUACAACAACAGCUCCCCCAACAAAUACGACAGCUCCCCCAACUACCACUACAACACGAGCAACAACUACUACAACACCGGCACCAACUGCACCUUCCACAACUCUGCUUUCAUUCUCAUUAUCUCAGAGUUUUACAGAAGAACUUAAUGAUCCCAACUCACCAGUUUAUCAGGCUUUAGAAAGAAAUGUUACAUCGAAGGUCGAUGAAGUUUUCAGGGAAAAACGUGGUUUUAGAAAGAGCCGAGUGAAGGAUUUCAAACGUGGGUCAGUUAUUGCAAACAUGGCUUUGGAUUUUGAUCCAGGGACUGGAACUAACACUACUGAUAUUGCUCUAACAUUCAUAACUGCUGCAUCAAGCCCAACUUUUGGUCUGCCUGUUAACACAUCAAGGGUCUCAGUGGCCUCAGCACCACCAACUACUACUCCAACUACAACGACUCCAACUACAACAACAGCUCCUCCAACUACAACGACAGCUCCUCCAACUGCAACAACAGCUCCUCCAACUGCAAUAACAGCGAGCCCCCCGACCACAACAAGUACAACUGCAUCCACUAAUCCUCCAUCUGGCAACGAAGCUAUUAUAUUUUUGCAGUUUGCUCUGGACCAGAAUUUCACACAAGGCCUGACAUAUCCAAGCACGGAGGAGUAUCGAGCGUUAGCGAGUAAAUGUAGGGGUGAGCUCAACAGAAUAGGCAAAAAUGGCUUUAAGAACUCCUUCAGCCGCGCCUUGAUCAGUGCAUUUGCGAGUGGUUCUGUCAAGGUCAAUUCAACCCUCAUCUUCCAAAAUGAAAAUCUAAGGCCAGAAGUAGGCACAACACUCAAUGUAUUCAGGACAGAACUACUCCGUUCUACUGUUCUGCCUAAUGUCAUUCGAGGAAGUGUCGAUGCACAAUCAUCUGGAAGAAGUCUACACCGCUCAGUACUUCCCAUGUCUAUUUUGACAAUCAUUUUGCUGUUUUUUACACAAAUCUUAGCAGAUGUAUAGCUAAGGUGCAAGGUUUUUUUUUCUUGUUUUGUGUAAACAUGUGUCAUUUUAUGGUGUAACUCUAAAAUCCAGAAAUAGCAUAAUGAUUUACCAAUAUAAUGUGGUAGAAGAUGUGCUGUGACAGGUUUACAUUUUCCACAUUCAAUUACUGUUACCUCUUUUGACAGAUUCUGUAAUUUAGUCUUUAUACAACUGUGAACAAUAAUCUCAUUAUAUUAUUUCAUACUUAAUGCUUGCUACAGUUAAGUGCAAAGUGCAAAGUGUUCUGCUUAGUAACCUUGAAAGUUGAAUGCUACUCUGUUUUGUGAUACAAACUGCAGAAGCUCCGAAAGAUUCCCAGGGUAAAACUAUAAGCAGAAGCUAGCAUUUCUAAAAGGACAAUACACAAGUUUUGGUUAGACUCUCAGACCCUCAGAUUCUCAGAAACUCUCCACUAGACACUUGUAGACUUUCUGAUGUUUUUUUGCCCAUGUGUCACCCAUUAAAGGUACUGUAGAACGAUCUUUGUGCCUCUCCGCCUGUUUUUUCUUUUUGCAAGAUACAACAGAAAUCAACAGUAAAACUUGGUGUGGGUGUGGGCACCCAUUUUUUGUAUUUGGGCAACAUAAAUAAAUGGACUUUUCUUUUUGUUUUUCUUCUUUUUUUUUUUUUUUUUUUGAUGCGAGCAUCUAAAACGAGACACAGAGAAAAUUUGUUUUCUUUUUCUGAGAUUUUCAUGAAAGGUGUCUGAUGUGACGCUUAGUGCUGAAGAGAAAUAGGCCUAUAGAGAAUAAGGCACCAAGGUGCGAGAAUUUACAGAAAUUAAAAACUCAGGAAACAAGAAAAGGGCUAAGUUUUAACCCUGCAGUGUGUGUGUUU